CUUAGGAGUUGUUCUUGAUCGGUGGCCUAUCCUGACUAGUCUAGAGCUUAAGGUUUUAACUGUAAAAGUUGACGACGAUGUCAUAGUCAGAAAUACCGGGGGUGUCUCAAUUAUGGCGGCGCGGGCAUCGCUCUUACUUUUGAGAAGUGAGUAUGGCGUCGCCUGUCCAUUGGACUUUGGCGAAAUUCGGGCCGUGCCUAUAGCCGUUUGCUCGGCUAGGGGCAGCUCCAAUCCAAGAUUACCACUAACUAGUCUAAAAUACGCUUACUUCGUACCGCAGCAUACAUGUAACUUCUCGUCAGCCUGCUACAUCAUUGGCUCAAUACCGACAGUCCGAAUGAGUAGUACGUGACGAUGGCUAGUCCACUCUGUGCGGAUCAAUCUUGGACCUUGUCUUACUAUAGUAAA